UUCUUUGAAGAGAAGCUUCUCUUUGUUUAAUGGAAUCCAUUGCUUGAGAACAUAUCUGUGCCUCUCAGACUGAUACUGGGUAAAAGAAAGAUAAAAACAUGAAGCCAGUUAAAAAUUAACAUUGGUGUGUGAAGACGUGAAGCAUCAGUAACCAUUUUAUUCCUGUACAUCAAGUAUUGAUCUACCAUGUGCACUGGAAAGUGCUCAAAGUGCAUUGGGGUCAUGCUGUUCCCCCUGGCUAUCUGUGCUAUCAUCUCCAACCUUCUCCUGUACUUCCCCAAUGGACAAGUUCUAGAGAGUAACAAGAUAACUGAUUUGGUCUGGUUUUUCCAUGGCAUUCUUGGAGCUGGGAUCUUGGUUAUUUUGCCUGCGUUCAUGAUGCUGGGGGCAUCUGGAGGAUGUUGUGCUAAUAGAUGCGGGAUGCUGCUCUCUGUGUUUCUGGCUGUGUUGGGUGUUGCCGGAGGGGCCUACUGUGUGACUAUCUCCUCCAUGGGAUUGAUUGAUGGGCCUCUCUGUGACACUGGUGAUGGAGAAUAUAUUUACCCUUUCAGGAACAACACACUCAAAUACAAUUAUUUGUUUAAUCAAACAACAUGGAGCAUUUGCAAAAAACCUGAAAAUGUUGUCAUUUGGAAUAUUGUCUUGUUUUCUCUUCUGUUGGGGAUUGGUACAGUUGAAGCUGUCCUUUGUCUUAUUCAAGUCAUCAAUGGAUUUAUUGGGUUCAUUUGUGGCACAUGCAUAAAGAGAAGAAAGAUAGAUAUUGUUGGAAUGUGAAAGACCUGCAAGAAAUGCCAGUGACAAGCACCUGAUCUGCAGGGAAAGUUAUUUGGGUAAAUGCGAUAUAUUUUAUUAAACCAACAAAAUAGUUGCAAAAAUUCUUCUUUACAAGCUUUUGGGCACAAGCACCCUUCACAAACAAAACCCCCGAAACACGGAAGAUAUUGAAUUUUGCUGUUUGAUCUUCAGGGAUUCAUGUAAAAUCAGGACAGUGUGUGUACUGUAUAUGGCGAGAACCAUCAGGAGUUUCAAUGCAAGAGCAUUGUAUAAAGAGAUGGAGAUGGGAGGGGCUGGAUUUUCUAGAAUCAUUGAGAUUACAAAUUAUCUGUUGUCUUCUCUGAAUGCUUAUCCUCAAUUUUUGGUACCAGCAAUAUGAUAUGCUGUCUUUUCAGGAGGGCCUGGGGUAUGUACUAAAAGACAAACCAUUUUUGACUGCAGGGCUUUAGGGUAACUGAGAAAUUAGGCCUUUGUUUCUUAUGUUCUACUCCAGCAGUACCUCACAGUCAGCAGCUGAAGUAGUAAUGUCACCAAGUGCCACAGCACUUGUCUACGUGGAACUGCUUGGACCAGCUUUACCAUUUAUUUGCUUUUCUUCCUGCCCUAGUUUUCACUCAUCUUACCUUUACUACUGGGCAUGCUCUUAUCUUCUGUCUUCUGCACUGUCUGGCUGCUUUUCUGCUGACGCCUCUGUCUCCUCAUCCAGGGCCUGCUGAUUCUACUCUUCUCUGCCCUGUUGCUCUGGCUUCCACUUGCUCCACCUUCUAGUUUCACUUCUUCCAUUACCUCACAUUACUACUGCUCUUUCUCAAAUAGCCAAGAUCCUACUACUGUCACUAACACCAAUCUUCUAGCUAUCCCAUACCAGCCUUCCAACUGGUGCUAUAUAUCUGCUCCACCCUCCCUAGGAAACCAGCAAUUACCCUACCCUGUGGCAUCUACACGUGCAAUUAGGGCAGAGCAAUAAACUCUGGCAUUUAUUGUCCCAGAGUUUAUUGCU